AUGGAAAGCGAUUUAUACUGUUCUAUAGAAAAAUAUCACAUGAUACAUAUCCCACAGCAGAUUGGUAAAUAUAGAGUGAUAAAGGUCAUUGGAAAAGGCGCCUUUGCUGCCGUAGUUUUGGCAUUAAACAUUUCUACUGAGGAAUAUGUGGCGAUUAAAAUAAUUGAUAGAGAUUCAAUCAUCAAACAAGGAUAUCUACUAUAUCUAGAGAAUGAAUUACGUUUGAGUUCACGGUUCGAUCACCCUAAUAUAGCUAAAGUUCACGAAGUUAUCUAUACUUCCGAAAAUAUUAUGAUAGUUAUGGAAUAUCUACCUAACGGUGACCUUUCAAAUCUUCUCACCCGUGGAAUAAUCUUUGGAACAAAUGAGCAAUUCAAAUUUGCGUCACAAAUAGUUUCAGCUUUAGAAUAUCUACAUGAUAGAGGUAUCUCUCAUAGAGACAUAAAGCCAGAAAACAUGUUGUUUGACGAUGAAUUCAAUGUCAAACUUGUAGAUUUUGGAUUAUCAAAAGAAAAUUGUUCUUCUCUUCAAACCUAUUGCGGAACCCCAGUUUAUAUGGCUCCAGAAAUAGCUUGCGGCAAAGAAUAUGAUGGAGCAAAGGCAGAUAUUUGGGCAUUUGGAAUAACAUUUCAUGCUUUUUGCUUUGGAAUGCUUCCUUAUCCAGAAAAUGAUGAUCGCAGUAUGUUGUCUGACAUAAAGAAAGGAAAUGUCAACAUUCAUCCAAACGCAACCGGAACAAUUAAGCAGAUUCUGGAUCUAACACUUAAUCCAGAUUCGGCUAAAAGAGCUACUGCAAAAGAACUUCUUGAUAUUAUACAUUCCUCUGAAUUUAAGAAUCAUUUGGAAGAAACAAUUACAUUUCCUAAGAAAAUAUCAACUGCUCCUUCUUUGCCUCAUCUUUCCUACCAAAAUACAGGACAAUUAGUCGCUAGAUCAAGAAGAAAGAAUGGAAGAGUGAUAUCUAAGAUAGUUUUACAAGUUAGAAAGAGAACCAUCAAAAGUAUUUGA